AUGUUCGAAAACGUUGUCACCCCUCGACUGCAUGUCAAACAAAGCUGGGUCCAACCCAUCGCGAAUUUGCCUGUUACAAACAACAUUCUCGAUAUUCGGUCCGACAAGGAAGAUGUCCAGCUUAAGGAAUCCCUGGAACGAAGCAUCCGUGCUGCUUGCCAUGAGGAUGGAGAGGCUGUGCUGCCCGAUCUCCUGCUCUGGGACGAGAAGGGACUACGGUACUUUGAAGAGGUCACUUACACUCCGUCAUACUACUUGACCAACGAGGAAAUUGGGCUACUGGAGAGACACAAGUAUCAGAUCGCAGAGCAUAUCCCAUCUGGGAGUAUGCUAGUCGAACUAGGCAGUGGUAACCUUCGCAAGAUCCGAAUCUUACUCGAAGCCCUUGACGAACUAGGUCGCGAGGUGGAUUACUUCGCUCUGGACCUCUCCUACCCCGAACUCCGACGGACACUCAGUCUGGUGCCCCCGGGAGGAUUCCGGCAUGGACGAUGUUUUGGUCUCCUUGGAACCUACGAUGAUGGGCGCGAAUGGCUGAGACGACCUGAAAACAAGUCGCGCCCAAAGAUUGUGCUGUCGCUUGGAUCUACCCUCGGAAGCUUGCCGCGAGCGAAGACACCGGCCUUUCUGUCCAGCUUUUGUUUGGGAUACGCAGAGAACAAGCCAUCCUUCCUGGUCGGAUUAGACGGCUGUAAACAGGAAGCACGAGUCUUGUCUGCGUACAAUGACCCAGGUGGUAUCAAUCGCAGAUUUAUCAAGAAUGGGUUGGUGCGAGCUAAUGAGCUCAUGGGCCACGAUCCCUUCGAUCUCGACCAGUGGGAUGUCAAGGGGUUCUGGGAUGCAGAGAAUGGCAGUCAUAACCAAUAUUACUUCCCUCGCAGCAAUGUAAAUCUUGCCGGGAACAUGAUCCCGUCGGGGAGGAAGUUACUCGCGGUGAAGAGCCAUAAGUACGAUGCGGAGGAUCGAGAUACGUUGUGCCGGAAGGCGGGACUGCAGGUGGAGGAUUGUUGGGCCUCAGACACGGAUUACAGUUUGAUGGCCGCCUGCUGGGCCUCGCAUUACAACAUGUUCACGCGCAUCAUCGAUCAGAAGAGUGGCCGAACAACCACCGGUCAUGCAGAUGGAAUACAUAGUCGCACAUUAGAAAUCUUGAAUAGCUUUGGCCUCGUUGAUCCCAUCAUUCGACAGGGUGUCCCUGACGUGGAAAUGUGCUAUUGGGGUCCGAAUAAGGACAAUGGGGAAAUUGAACGACGAAAACGGCUGAGCUCACAAUCGGACAGUCUUUCCCAGUAUGGCCAGAUGCUGUUCAACCAGGGAGGACUCGAGCAAAUACUACUUCAUUAUCUCUCGAAGAUGGGCCGCAUAGCCGUGGAGUGGAACACUCGGGCAGAAACUUUGACCGUCAGUCCUGGAAACGAAGAAGGCGAUGACGACUUUCCGGUGGCAGUGGGAGUCACAAAAACUGCCAACGGGAAUGAUACGGCCGAACAGACAGAGACAAUACACGCUCGCUAUGUGAUUGCCUGUGAUGGCGCCCAAAGUUGCACCAGGACUCAGCUCGAGGUUCCUAUGGAAAGCCAUUCGGAGCAUUCUACCUGGGGCGUCAUAGACAUUGUGCCCAUCACCGAUUUCCCCGACAUUCGCCAGUCCUGCGCCAUCCAGUGCCCCGGUCACGGCAGCAUCAUGACAGCGCCGCGGGAAAAUCGCCUGGUCCGAUUCUACAUCCAGAUCAAGGGCGAUAAAGAGCUCGAGAGAAUGGCACAGAACCACUCAGAUGAUACGCCCAGAGCCCUCAUUAACGCUGCAGAAAGGUGGAUCAGUCCGUACAAGUUAUCCUACAAGCAUUGCGAUUGGUGGUCGAUAUACCCGGUUGGACAACGACUAGUCAAGGAAUACAGGAUCAAGGACAGAAUUUUCCUUGCGGGUGAUGCCGCUCACACCCACUCUCCCAAAGCGGGUCAAGGCAUGAAUGUGUCGAUGCAAGAUACCUACAAUCUUGUCUGGAAGCUCGGAUCAGUCAUCACUGGAGUGGCAGACCCCAUCAUCCUCGAUACAUACGAGUCCGAACGACGACCAGUCGCUGAAGAACUGAUGAAGAUGGACUCCGUCCUGGUGCAUGCAUAUGAGCAGGAGGCCAAGGACGCGGAGGGAGUCGAUCAGGUUCGAGAUGAGUAUUCUGGCUUUAUGUCUGGCGUGAAAAUCACAUAUGCUCCAAACAUGCUCGUUGCCGGCAACGAGAAGAGCGGAGACAGAGCGCUGGCGAAGAAUAUCGCAGUCGGUAUGCGUAUACCGUCUUUCCCUGUGGUCAACCAAGCCGACGGAUCGACCAUCCCCCUAUUAAAUGUCCUGCCGAGCAACGGCUGCUGGAGGCUGAUUGUGUUCUCUGGCGAACUGCGACGGCCAAGGGUGUGGGAACGGCUCACUUCGUUUGCUGAGAGCUUCAGUCAACGCUCCCACUUGGCACAUCGACACCAGACUCAGAAUUCACGAAGGCGCGGUCCUCCACUUGAAACCCUCCUGGUGCAUGCAAGUCCCCGGACGAGCAUCAACCUCAUGGAUCUCCCAGAUAUCUUUCAUCCAUUCGAUGACGAGUUGGGGUGGGACUACUGGAAGACGUUUGCCGACGAUGAUGCAUCUGAUCCAAACUCGGGCAAAGCGUACGCGGGCUACGGCAUUGACAAGGACCAAGGUUGCCUGGUCCUUUGUCGGCCAGAUCAACAUGUGGCGUGGAUAGGAAAACUAGACGAGAUGGCAGGCUUAGACAACUACUUCUCGGAGUUCUCACGGUAG